GCGUUAGAAUUGCUACAGUCGAUGCGCAUAGGCGUCCACACGUCCACACCGAGCUCGCUCUUCGCCUUUGCGCGGCAAUCCCACUCGCGUCGUCGUUGUGUCAUCGCUACUACAGACACACACACACAAAUAAAACAUGUCUGUGGCAGGCUUCAAGAAGCAGUUCUACAAAGCGAGCCAGUUUGUCAGUGAAAAGGUGGGAGGAGCGGAAGGCACCAAGUUGGACGAUGACUUUACAGAGAUGGAAAAGAAAUAUGACACUACCAACAAAGCAGUUAUGGAUAUUAUCACUAAAACACAAGAAUACCUGCAACCAAACCCAGCAUCAAGAGCAAAGUUGGGGAUGUUGAACACCAUGUCAAAGAUCCGUGGGCAGGUUAAGUCUACAGGCUACCCCCAGCCUGAGGGCUUAUUGGGAGAAGCCAUGGCCAAGUAUGGCAAAGACAUGGGCACAGAAUCUUGCUUUGGAUUGGCCUUGGCUGAUGUUGGAGAAUCGAUGAAACAGAUGGCAGAAAUAAAAGAUUCCCUGGAUAUUGAUGUCAAACAAAACUUCCUCGAUCCAAUGCAAGCGCUUCAAGAUAAAGAGCUCAAAGAGAUUGGGCAUCACCUGAAGAAGCUGGAAGGACGUCGCCUGGACUUCGAUUACAAGAAGAAGCGCCUGGGAAAGAUCCCAGAUGAGGAGAUUCGGCAGGCAGAGGAGAAGUUUGAGGAGUCGCGGGAGGUAGCGGCCAGCAGCAUGCACAACUUGGUGGAGAGUGAGAUUGAGCAAGUAUCUCAACUAGCAGCCCUGGUCGAUGCACAGCUUGAAUAUCAUCAAAGAUCUGCUGCUGUGCUGCAGGACUUGCAAGCGGCUCUCCAUGAGAGGAAAAAUGAGGCAUCAAAGAUGCCAAAGAAAGAAUUUAAAGCAAAACCGAUGUCGACGUUUCACGAGAACAGCUGGGGCAACGGCGGAGGGGAGAACAUUUUUCCGGCAGCGUCUGCGUCUGCGUCUUCGUCUUCUAGGUCUCCAGCUCCACUUGCUUCAAAAGCUCCUGGAAUGCCGAGCCGGUCAUUUAGUAAAAAGGCUCAGACUCCAAGCGCAAAAGCUCUUUACGACUUUGAUCCGGAGAAUGAGGGCGAACUGGGCUUCCAGGAGGGAGACAUCAUCACACUCACCAAGCAGAUCGAUGACAAUUGGUACGAGGGGACCGUGCGUGGCCAUUCGGGAUUCUUCCCAGUCAACUACGUGGACGUGAUCGUACCACUUCAACACUAAAAAAAAAAUCGACAAGUCCCCCUUCGCCGCCUCGUUAUCGUUAAGCUUCCCUCAAAUGUAUUAUUGUUGUUGUGGUCCCCUUUAUCUCCGGUGUAUUGACCUACAUGCAAUAUGGCUAGCACAUUAUAAUGUGACAUUGGCCGCAAUGAAUCGUUUGUGAUCCGCACACGAUGACAUUUGCAACAUUUAAGAUAGGUUUGCAAGAAUAUAUGCUGUGCUUCCAUUUUGAAAUGUGUUGGAUAGUAUGUUUAUUGCUCUGCAAUUUUGUCUUUUGGACAAAUUGCAUAACCCUUUAAGAAGUAAAAUUAGAUAUCUUUUUAUGCUCAGCACGUCUCAAGCUUAAAACAACAAUAAUUACUCCAUACUGUAAUGUCACACAUAGCAUAUUAUUACGGUUCAGAGGAUAUAUGUGCAGCAUGCUAAUUGCUUAAACGCUAUUCAUAUGUUGCUGUGCAAAGGAUAAUUAAAACACUAUGUAAAAUUUACAAAUUACAAAGUAUUCAUUGAUUCACUGUAAAAUGCCAAUGCAGAUUUACUGCACCGCUCUGUGAACCAACUUUCACACGGCUCCAUGUGAUAAAAAGUUGGUAAUGUCUAGCAACGCUAAUCUGCAUAUCAACAUAAAGUAGGUAUGUUAAUGUCCAUUUCGGAACAACGAAAACAUUCCACUUUUAAAAAAAAACAUGUAUUUCUCAUUAUACUUAAACUUUUUUUUUAGUUUGAAUAUGAGUGUUGUGCAUGCAGAGGUCUUUAUGUCCCAGAUUAAAAUGCUUGCUUCUGGAUAUCCAGACUCUGAAAGGGACGUAUGUGUAAUGCAGGAAAGAUUACAAAAAAUACAUCUUCAUAUUACAGUAUUUGCUUUUGUGUCUGUAGUGAAAAAUAUAAAUAUCGUUGUUUUUGUUUAACUUUCAAAUAUGUUACGUGUAUACACGUUGAUCAUUAUUACGUUUUUUGUUUUGUAAAGUAUUUCCCUGGAUGAGGUCUUUCAAUUCUUAUGGGAAAUAGUGAGUGCUAUUUUGAUCGUGGUGUUUCUCUCUUCAUUGUACACAUUGACAUACAAAUGCACAUUGGAGCACUCCAGGAACAAAAUAUUACACUUGGUUUGGAAUAUUAUGCGAAAUAGAUGUAAAAUUGUGACACAUGGUUAAUGCGCGAUCAAUGGUUGUAGUAGAAGUAAGAAUACAUUGUGGCACGAAACAGUUGUACCCCUUUUUCAUUGCUUUUUUCAAGCCGCAUUUUAUACGAUCGUUUUUUCUUUAUUAAUCUACCCAGUGAUGUACAUACAGUCUCAUUAUUUUUUAAACAUCCUUACGUGGUGUUUAUUAUUUAUUAUUGCAGCAUUAUAUAUCUGUCAAUUGUGGAUAUUACCAUUCAACAAAAAACUGGAACAUAGUGUCAAAAGAUAAAAAUUGCCAUGAAUAUACAUAUCAGGUUUUUUUUUCUUUCACUGAAAUUGAUGCUUCUUUAUGUCUGGACUAAAAAGAUAGCGUAUAAUACAUUGUGAAAAAUGCAUCUUUUGUUCGGUAAUGCAUUCGCUGUUGAACCUAGUUUUAUAUCCAUAAAAGAUUAACACCAUUCAUUACUCAGCUUUUAGAUUUUUCAAACUAGGCAUGGACCAUUCCUGAAAAUGUAAAGGUUUUCAUUCUUAAAAUGCAUGCUAUGGGUUACAACAUUUGUUUUCAUGCAUUGUUGAUGAAAUUUACUUGAAAUACAUUCUUACUGCUACUGCCCACCAAAGUUAAAUACAUGUUCAAAAAACACUUGCUUUUCCUGUACAACAACUUUUACAUGAUGCGCUGAAUGUAUGUUCAAUGUGUUCAUUUGAAUGAUUUUGGCUCUCAAACCUCAGUAUCUUGUAUUCACUUCUUAGUAUUAACAUUCUUUGUUAAUACAAAAUAAAGAAGCCUCUGUGAUUUGUCAUCCUAUACCUGAGUUGCUUGGCUGUUACAAUAAAGUCGAAGCUCAACCACA